ACACAGUGCUGGUCUCCCCCAGCACCGCUCUUGGAACCCUCCACGUCAGGGCCAGACCCGUCGUCUGCCUCUGCCUCCCUCCCUCCGCCCCUGACACCACCAUGAGCCGCCUGGGACUUCUUGCCCUCCUCUUCCUGGCCGUGCCGGCCAUCUCCCUUCCAGUGACAAAUGACAUGAAUAAAGGGGACACGAAGGUGAUGAAGUGCAUUGUAGAGGUCAUCUCUGAUACUUUAUCCAAGCCAAAUCCCCUGCCAAUCAGCGAGGAAUGCCUAGAAACCCUCAGAGGAGAUGAACGAAUCAUUUCUAUCCUUCGACACCAAAAUUUACUGAAGGAGCUUCAGGAAAUUGCUAUUCAAGGUGCUAAUGAGAGAACUCAGCAACAGAAGAAAAACAGUGGUUUCGAAGAUGAACUUUCUGAAGUCCUUGAAAGUCAGAAUGACAAGAACAAGCAAAGAGAUGAGGCACAGGAGCGCCCUGAAGAGGAGCAGCCCACGGUGUCCCUGGCUGAGCUAGAAGCAGAGAAAAUCCAGCAAAAUGAGAGAGAAGAUUCAAGAGAGGAGGGAAAAAACAGCCUGGAGGAGAGGGAGCCCAGGCCACGGGAUGCUCACCCUGACCAGAAGAGGGGUCAUGAGGAAGCAGAGAGCAAUGAGAUUGGAGGCACAGAAGAUGAAGAUGCCCAGAGGGAAGAGGCUUUGGACAAUCGCAUCAGUGAAGACCUUGGUGAGGAAGAGCAGAAGCAACGAGAGGAGGAAGAGGAGCCGCCCAGAGGCACUGGUGACAGCCUGGAGCUCGAGGAGGAGCGAGAGCAGGCGUCCAGACAGGGUCAGGAGGAGAGCCAGGAGGAGGCGGGGGGGCGUAUGGAGCGGGAGGACGAGCAAGGAGAUGCUCCUGUGGAGGAGGACCCUACCGAAGCAGAGAGGUCACUUGAUUUGGCUGAGGAAGACGUGGAGGCUGAGGUGAUGCAAAGAGCCGACAAUAAUGAAGAAGCUUUGGGAUUUGGCAAAGAUGGGCAGAGCUCAGAGGAGGAGGAAGAGCAACCCCACAGACUGAAAGGAAGAAGGCAUCGCCUGGAGGAUGAAGCAAUGCGAGCAGAGGAGGAAGUCUUCCAGCCUAGAGAUGUCAAAAGUGAAGAAAUGGAGGAGGAAUCCUCCAGGGAAUGGGAAGACUCCAAGAGAUGGAAUAAAAUGGAUGAGCUGGCCAAGCAGCUGACGUCAAAGAAGCGCAUGGAGGAAAAUGACAGUGAGGAAGACCCAGACAGGUCCAUGAAAAUGGCAUUCAGGUCCCACAAGUUUGACUUCGGUAGUCCAGAGGAAGAUGCAAGACGGUCAUGGAAGCGUCACUCAAAGGAGGACAGCAGUGAAGGAGGUUUCCCGCUUGCUGCCAUGCCUGAAGAAAAGAAGGAUGAGGAAGGCAGUGCUAACAGAAGAACAGAGGACCAAGAGCUGGAGAGCCUGGCUGCCAUCGAAGCAGAGCUGGAGAAAGUCGCUCACAAGCUGCACGAACUGAGGCGGGGCUGAAGGCUCGCCAGCUCUCCGCGUGCACAGAAGCCAGAGCUGCACUCAUCCCUUCACACUGCAUUUUCAUUUACUGAUUUAAAACAGAUGCCGGCGGAGCAGAAGCAUCUUGUCUAGGAAGCCCAUCUCCCCUGAGCCAGGCCUGCCGUCCUCGCAGUAGUGUCGUGCCCAUCUCCGCUUCUUUGAUUUCGUGCUCCUCUGUCCACUAUGGAUUCCCACCUCACCUGUACCUUUGGAUGACUGUAGCUGAGACGUGUGACUUACACAUAUAUCUUCUCUUAUUUUCUCUUUUUUUAAAAAAGACAAGACAGCUUUCUAGAAUGUUCUCCUU